CGGCACGUGGACUUGGCGGCAUCGCGUGGUGAAGGCCCGAGGAGAGGAACGCCAUAGAGAGAGGCGCGGAGUGCAGUACAACUCUCCCGACUCGCUCCAACACUCUCCCCGUCUCUCUCAACCAGCUCUCGUUCCAUCAUGAGUUUCGUCUCUGGUGGCACGGGGAACGCCACCGGCUUCUCCUUCGGUGCUCAGCCCGGCGGUGCCGGCGGUGGGUUUUCCUUCGGCGGCGCCGGUGCCCCAACUGCGGCGGCGCCGGGGGCGCAAAUGCCGGCCGCCGGCUCGGCCUUCAGCUUUGCCCCGGCCACCGCGGCCGCCCCGGCGGCGUCGUCCGGGUUCUCGUUUGGCGGCGCCGGUGCCGGGACAGGUGCCAACACCGGAUUCUCGUUCGGUCAGUCGGCCAUGGGCGCCCCUACUACCGCAGCUGCCCCUUCAGUAUCCGCCUCCGCUGCCCCCGCCGCUGCCCCCGCCGCCGCCACGGGGUUCCAGCUUGGGGGAGCACCGGUGGGGAUGGCGGCGCCAGGGGGGUUUGCGUUUGGGGCAAGCGGUGCGGCCACCCCGGCCAGCAGCGCCCCGACGGCGAGCUUCGGGUUCGGUGGCGGAGCGACGGGCGCCUUCUCAUUCAGUACGCCCACCACCACCACGCAAGGCCUGAUGCUGGGAGGAGCCCUGACGGGCGCCAGCUCUCUUGGGGGACCAGGAGCAGGGGCCUCCGCCGCCAAGCUGCCGUUUAGCUUUGGCGGCGCCACCUCGACUGGCCUGACCCUGGGAGGGGUCGCGGCGCCCACCAGCACGAUGGCCCAGAACACCGGCCAGGCCACUGUCGUGUCCUUCGGACAGAAGCCCCUAGGCGGCGCACAAGGUACGGGCAUGGGUCUGAGUGGCGGACUGAGCAUGGGCGGGACCCCGCUCACGUCCGCUGCUGCCGGGUUUGCGCAGGGAGCCCCCCAACUAGCCACGGCUGCCCCCUCGGCCGGAUUCUCGCUCGGCUUGGGCCUGGCGAAGACCGAGACGACCACUGCACCGACUUCACUCAGCGGGACGACCAGAGGAUUCUCCCUGGCCGGCGCCGCUGCUGCCGUCGUGGCCCCAAGUGCCACUGCAGCCGCCAGCACCGCAACGUCGGCGUCCUCCUCCUUCGGCUUUGGGACGGCGCCUGCCUCCUGUACGACCGCACAGCAAGUGGCGGGCGCGGCAGGCGCCGGGCUGGCGUCCUUCGCUGGAUUUAAACCGCCCUCUGCCGCCACCGCCACCAGCGCCGCCGCCAGCGUCUCAGCCGCCCCGGCCACAAGCUCCGCCAGUGUGGCGCCGGUCAGCACCACCGCCACCAGUGCGGCACCCUCGCUAUCGUUCGGGCAACUGGAGGAGUUGCUGAACAAGUGGGGCUCGGACCUGGAGGAACAGGAGAAGCAUUUCCUGCACCAGGCGACGCAGGUCAACGCGUGGGACCGCACGCUCAUCGAGAACGGGGACAUGAUCACGUCUCUGCACAAGGACGUGGAGAAAGUGAAGCUGGAUCAGAAGAGGCUGGACCAAGAGCUGGACUUCAUCCUGUCCCAGCAGCGCGAGCUGGAGGAUCUGCUGGUGCCACUCGAGGACUCGGUGAAGGAGCAAACGGGGACGAUCUACAUGCAGCACGCGGACGAGGAGCGCCAGCACACGUACAAGUUGGCCGAGAACAUCGACGCGCAGCUCAAGAGGAUGGCCCAGGACCUCAAGGAGAUCAUCGAGCACAUCAACACCUCGAGCAGCUCGCACAACUCCACCGACCCCCUGCAGCAAAUCUGCAAGAUCCUGAACGCGCACAUGGACUCUCUGCAGUGGAUUGACCAGAACACAGUCUUUCUGCAGAAGAAGGUGGACGAGGUGGCCAAGCAGUUUGAGACGCAGAGGAAGGAGCAGGAGCAUCCGUACCGCCUGGGCCUCAACUGAUUCUGGCCACAGUCCGCCGACAGACCCCCGUAACCCGCCGAUAGGAGCGAUCGGCCGCUCGGCCAGUUGUCUGUGGCUUAAGCCGUUCGCAAAACUACCGCCUGCAAAACAUUCCAUCGGCAUCCGUGUAAUAGUCUCGCUUUCGGUUCCUUGUCUUGCGUUGAGACUGCCCUUGUCGAUGCCACUCACUCCUUCGUCCUGAUGCUCGGUGGUCGGCUACUUGUGGGCCAUAUUAAUCUUUUUGUUUUUGAUGGAAGUGGAGUCCCCGUGUAAAGUUCACCUGUGAGACGGAAUGAGUCUCUCGGAUAGUUAAAUGAGAUUAGAAUUGGAAGCAUCGUCGCCUGGGCGCUGUGAGUGUGGUGAAGCCGCACUCGAGUAUAUGUGCGUGUAUAAGUAACAAAGGCUAUACGGGGGAUCUUUGUCUUUGUAAUCAACAGAGUCAAAGAUCCCCGUUAAUAGCCUUUACAGACCGUUAGGGGCAAUUGCUGUUAGUGAGUGACACCGAUGAAGGCCGGCACGGCACACGAGGGGGUGGGUGGCCAACACCACGUCCGGUCGCCAUUGUCUCCCUUGUGGCGAUGUUUUACACACCGCACCAGGUACUCAAUCGAGGCUGAGUCGACCUAGGGGAGGCCCAGGACCGGUUCAGAUAAUCGUCACCGGUGUUUUAGAUGCGAGGAGCGAUGUCCCUGCUGGUGCCACCCUGGCGUUGUCGGUGUCCACAGCUGGAGCUGAACUGCGCCGGCCCUCACGGUGACUUGGUAACGACCUUCACGUCCCAGAGGUCGCAAACGGGUUUUGAUUCCUUACCCGUACCCGGCCGGGUACGGGUAGCCGGGUAUCGGGUAGGGUACAGGUAUCGGGUACCCGGUUGCGACCUCUGCCACGUCCUGCCCAGUGGUGCAGCAGCAGCAUUCAGGGCACCACCAUCCUCCACGGCCUGUACCGGCGUGGAAUAUUAAAAUGUCGCUACUUUUUGGAUUUCUCAAAGUAUUGAGCCCUGUAAAGGUAAUAAAGAGUGUUAUGGUAA